CCGCAGGGUCACGCGGAGGCCCCAUAAAAGCGCGCGGAGGAGCCCCGGCACUCGUGGAGCUCGACGCCCAGCCUUUUUCCCCCUCCGCCUUUGCUGGAGCGAAGGAGCAGGAGAAGCCAGGGAAGGAAGAGAAGAUGUUGUUUUGGCACACGCAGCCGGAGCAUUACAACCAGCACUCCACAGGCAGCUAUUUGCGUGAUGUCCUCGCACUGCCGAUCUUUAAACAAGAAGAGCCUCAGCUUUCCCCUGAGAAUGACACAAAACUCCCUCCAUUUCAAUAUGUGCUUUGUGCAGCUACAUCGCCUGCUGUGAAACUUCAUGAAGAGACCCUGACCUAUCUCAACCAAGGUCAGUCUUACGAAAUCCGUCUACUUGAAAAUAGGAAAUUGGGAGAGUUUCAAGAUUUAAACACAAAAUAUGUAAAGAGCAUAAUUCGUGUGGUUUUCCAUGACCGCCGCUUGCAGUAUACAGAACACCAGCAGCUUGAAGGCUGGAGAUGGAGUCGGCCUGGAGAUCGCAUCCUUGAUAUAGAUAUCCCACUGUCUGUUGGUAUCUUAGACCCCAGAGCCAGUCCAACACAGCUGAAUACAGUUGAAUUUUUGUGGGAUCCAUCUAAGAGGGCGUCAGCAUUCAUUCAGGUCCACUGUAUAAGUACAGAAUUUACUCCAAGAAAACAUGGAGGAGAGAAGGGGGUACCUUUCCGGAUACAAAUGGACACAUUCAAACAGAAUGAGAAUGGGGAAUAUACAGAACACUUGCAUUCUGCAAGUUGCCAGAUCAAAGUAUUUAAGCCUAAAGGAGCAGAUAGGAAACAGAAAACAGACAGAGAAAAAAUGGAGAAGAAAACUACCCAAGAAAGGGAGAAAUAUCAGCCUUCCUAUGAUACCACCAUCCUCACAGAGUGCUCCCCGUGGCCAGAUGUGCCUUAUCAAGUGAACAACGCUCCGUCUCCAAGUUACAACAGCUCUCCAAACAGUUUCAGCCUUGGAGAUGGCAACAAUUCUCCAACUGAACAGGUGGAGCUCCUACCUCCCAGCAAUGACCAUCUCCUCCCCUCUGCUUCUAUUCAAGAUGCUCAGCAGUGGCUUCAUCGAAAUAGGUUUUCUCAGUUCUGUAGACUCUUUUCAAGUUUCUCAGGUGCUGACUUACUGAAGAUGUCCAAAGAAGAUUUUGUUCAGAUCUGUGGCCCGGCUGAUGGCAUUCGACUUUUUAACGCCAUUAAAGGAAGGAAUGUAAGGCCUAAGAUGACCAUAUAUGUCUGUCAAGAGCCUGAACAAAAUCGGUCUCAUCUUCACCAAAAACGAGAGAACGGAGAUGGCAACCUGUGUAUAUACCAUGCUAUCUUCUUAGAAGAACUGACAACAUUGGAAUUAAUGGAGAAGAUUGCAAACUUGUACAGUAUUUCCCCACAACAGAUAAACAGGAUCUAUCGGCAGGGACCCACAGGCAUCCAUGUAUUAGUGAGCAACGAGAUGGUUCAAAACUUUCAAGAUGAAUGCUGCUUUGUCAUCUCUACAUUAAAAGCUGAAAGUAACGAUGGCUACCAUAUCAUUCUGAAAUGACCUGCCUCUCUGUAUCAUGGGACUAUAAACAGCUCUAGACUAUGAUGCCUCACCCACAUCUCUGCAGUUCAGACUGGAAAGAUGGAAAAUACAUUUGAAUAAAAUGCUCCUUUUAACUGAAUGCCCUAAACAGAAAAUUUAAAGUGUGCGAAUUUCAGAAUGGUGAAGACUAGAAAACGUUUGAAAUAAUUCAUCAAUCUCCUUUCGUUUUCCUCCCCCUGGCUUUUCCUUUCCCAAACUUUCUUCUUCUUGUUUUUCCUUUUAGGACAACUUAGUUGUAGGUCACUUUGUGUCUUUAUUCAAAAUAGUAUGCCUUUUUGGGGAAAAAAAUAGACAAAUAUCCCUGUUUCUUCGUGAAAACAAUUUUUUUCCCACACCUUAGGACUAAAAAAUAGGUUAAAAUGGAUUCGUCUGCUAUGUGCCCCUGACUGUAGCUUUUGUUCUCCUCAAUACAAUUCAACAGCUCCCAUUUUGCUGUAUAUGCAAAAGAAAGGGCUGGCUAUGGUUGCUGAGAAUGGACAAUUAUUUCCUCCUAGAGCAGUGGUUCUCAACCUGUGGGUCCCCAGGUGUUUUGGCCUACAACUCCCAGAAAUCCCACCAGUUUACCAGUUUACCCACAGGUUGAGAACCACUGUCCUAGAUGCAUCUCUAGUUGCAGUUGAGUUGUUCCAUGGAACAGAGCAAAAGAUACGACUUAGGAAGAUAAUAGAUUUGGUGUGUGUCUGUUACCUUUCCUCCAGGGAAAACUGGUUACUACUGUAGAUGUGAAUUACUUAUAUUCGCUUUUAUGGCAGAAAAAUUAACAGAUUUGAUCAGGAAACAGUAUCCCUGUGCCUUGAAUAUCUACCAUGACUGUGCUACCAAUUCUUGAUUUCUUGUGUUGUCGAAGACUUUCAUGGCCAGAAUCACUGAGUUGUUUUUGAGUUUUCCAGGCUGUAUGGCCAUGUUCCAAAAGCAUUCCCUCUGGACGUUUCACCCACAUCUAUGGCAGGCAUCCUCUGGAAAGAAUGUUUCUGGAACUUGGCCAUACAGCCUGGAAAACUCACAUCAACCCAGUUUUUAUUCUUGUCACUCUUCGAGCAGCUCUCCCUUUUCUAAAAUACCUCAGUAUCCCUUUUCAGCUAUCAUGUGUUCCAUUUUACAGAUGUUUGUGCUGUUGUUGUUAGUUGCCAUCAAGUCAGCUUUGACUUAUGAAUGCCCUUUGAAUGGGAGACCUCCAGGAGCUCCAGCCAUCAACUAUUGUUCUCAGGUCCUGCAAACAGAAGGCUGGGGCUUGACAUAUAGGAAAGAUGGAGAAACACCAAUGGUCCCAGUCUGAAAGCAAGAAGUAAUAUAAUUUUAGAAGUUGCUUUUCAACAUUGCUGUGACUCCAAUUUGCCAUUUCUAUCAUAUGGAUUGUCAUAAAAACACUUAAAAGUGGGAUGGGGGUGUUAACAUGCUUCUGUUUGCAAUCAUGCACUCAGUGGUCUGGAGAGCAAAGCCUGGACUUGGAACCAUAGAAUCAUAGAAUAGUAGAGUUGGAAGAGACCUCAUGGGCCAUCCAGUCCAACCCCUUGCCAAGAAGCAGGAAAUCGCAUUCAAAGCACCCCCGACAGAUGGCCAUCCAGCCUCUGUUUAAAAGCUUCCAAAGAAGGAGCCUCCACCACAGUCUGGGGGAGAGAGUUCCACUGCCGAACAGCUCUCACAGUGAGAAAGUUCUUCCUGAUGUUCAGGUGGAAUCUCCUUUCCUGUAGUUUGAAGCCAUUGUUCCGUGUCCUAGUCUGCAGGGCAGCAGAAAACAAGCUUGCUCCCUCCUCCCUAUGACUUCCCCUCACAUAUUUGUACAUGGCUAUCAUGUCUCCUCUCAGGCUUCUCUUCUGCAGGCUAAACAUGCCCAGUUCUUUAAGCCUCUCCUCAUAGGGCUUGUUCUCCAGACCUUUGAUCAUUUUAGUUGCCCUCCUCUGGACACAUUCCAGCUUGUCAGCCAAAAUGUUUGGAAUCAGUGCUCUCUGUUUUUCAUUUGGUUGGAUGUUCAAAUAGUCUUCAUCCAUUCUCUAACCCACUAAUUCUAUGUAGAAUUUUAUCUUACCCAAAACCCCUCUCCCUAAAGAACAGUAAUGCCUGAACUAAACGUGAAUUUCUUUUUCCUGCUCAGAAGCUCAAAAGCAGAUAUCUGUGGUAAAAUGAAGUCUGUUUUGCUAAGCUUGAGUGCCUUGAUAUAACUCUUGUAACCUCUGGUUCUGCCAUUGGGCAGACAUUAAUGGAGUCUUUGUGUUGUUUGUUUUUAGUUGUGUUGAAAAUAAUGUAAAACUGGACAGACGCAAUGCAUAGCAUGCAUUGACAUGUAUAUGAGCUGGACACUUGCACCUUGGUCCAAGGAGUGCAGAAGCAGGCUUCUACGCAGACACUCUCCGGCAGAUCAAGAACUGUGCAUAUAAAGAAAUACACACAAUCCUCUUGUGCCUGGGUACCCGCCUCCAGUGCAUGGGGUUUUAACUACAGUGCCAUUCACUGGAUUAGAAGCUGGGCACACAAUGCCCAACAGGUUGCCCAUUCCCAACAGUUGGGUUGACAGACUCUAUACUGCUGCCUUGGAGUCCAAACUUUGACAUCUGUAGAGAUGGCCAGGUCCUCAUGCGCAAAAAUGCAUGUGGCUCUUUAGGCUGCAGCUUUGAUCUGUUUCUACUUGCCUUCAUCUGUCUCUCAGAAGUGAGGAAGAACAUUUAAAUCAUACAUACCUUGUACAGUUGAAAUUGGAUACAGAUAUCACUGAAGAAUAUAAUGAAUGGUUCAAAAUUACAUUUAGCACAUUUGUAACUGCUUGCAUUUUCACAGACGCAUGAAUACUGUACUCUUUGUAACAAUCAUCCUUACAAAUUGAAUUAUUACAGUUUUUAUAGCAGAUUUUUUUUUUUAAAAAAAAUGAAGGUCCUUUCUGAAAAAUAGCUUCGUAUCUCAACAAAUGCUUCAGCUUCUUUAUCCGUAUUGAAACAUAUUGUUCUGGCUAAUCUGGACCUCCCAGCUGGUGAACCUGAAUUAUUCUUUCUGUCCUCCAAAAGAAGAUGUCGGAAGCUGAUCAGGUGAAGGAUUUAAGACAUAUGCAUUCUGCUUCAUUCUCGGUGUAGUCUAGGAGAAAAUGGGUAAAGUCUUCACUAUGUACAGAAAAGAAUGGUGGGAUGUAAUUCACUACGCUUGUGUCUCAGGAACAGCAACUUUAAAUUCGUGCCUUACUUGUUUGUGUAUGUCAAAUGUAUAUUCUGUGUGUGUGUGUUUAGGGGUUUUUUCUUAUAGGGGUCUCUUAAACUCUCCUUUUUAAAAAAGUUUAGUUGAUUGGGAUGGGGGUUUUCUGUCUUUCAAAAGGGCUGUGGGAGUUCACCUCUAUAAUGUAACAGCCACUUAAAUUCUGACUCAAAUGAAGGAUGAAUGGAAGGUGAGGCCAAACAUAGGAGUUGUGUGUAAUACUGCCAGACUUUGUUGUUUAUAUAUAUAUGAAGAUUUUUUUUAAAUGCAUAUUUUGCACUGGCCAUUCUACUGUUGUACUGAAGAAAAGUCACUGCUGUAUUUAGACUCUGUGCUCCAGUAAAAAUGCAAAUAAACUCAUUUGUAAGAAAUACA